AGGAUCAAUGAAAGAUCAACCAGAGUGCAGAAGACAACAAACUACAAAUGCAAGUAUAAAUAAAUAGCAAUAAAUAACGAGAACCUGAGAUGAAGAGUCCCUUGAAAAUUAUUCACUACAUCUACACAAUGUAAUGAAACCCACAAAGUUUCUCGUCCAGAAACUUCCUCGGCCAAGAAUCUAAUGGACAUUGGCACUCGUCGGAUAUUUUCUGAAGAACAUGAUAUAUUCAGACAAAGUGUGAGACGAUUCUUUGAAGAAGAGGUGGUUCCAUAUCAUACACAGUGGGAGAAAGAUGGCCAAGUGAGUCGAGAAGUUUGGGAAAAGGCUGGACAGCAAGGUCUUUUAGGAGUCAAUACACCUGAAGAACAUGGUGGGCUCGGUGGUGAUGUACUUUCUGCUGCUGUGGUAUGGGAAGAACAGAUGUAUGUGAACUGCAGUGGACCUGGCUUCAGCUUACAUUCAGACAUUGUCAUGCCUUACAUCACUAAUUAUGGAUCUAAAGACCAGAUUGAGCGUUAUAUUCCUCAGAUGGUUUCUGGAAAAUGUAUUGGUGCCAUUGCAAUGACGGAGCCCGGUGCUGGCAGUGAUUUACAAGGAGUACGAACAAAUGCCAAGAAGGAUGGUAGUGACUGGAUUCUCAAUGGCAGCAAAGUUUUUAUAACAAAUGGCUGGAUGUGUGAUGUGGUCAUUGUUGUAGCUGUAACAGAUCCUCAAUCUCACUCUAAAGCCCAUGGGAUAAGCUUAUUUCUUGUGGAUAAUGGCAUGAAGGGAUUCAUCAAAGGAAAGAAGCUGGAGAAGAUUGGCUUGAAAGCACAGGAUACAGCUGAGCUCUUCUUCGAGGAUGUCCGCUUGCCAGCUGAUGCUCUACUAGGAGAGGUUAAUAAAGGAUUCUACUAUUUAAUGACUGAGCUUCCACAGGAACGAUUGCUCAUUGCAGACAUGGGCCUUGCCAACUGUGAAUUCAUGUUUGAAGAAACAAGGAAGUAUGUGAGACAGAGAAAAGCCUUUGGAAAAACUACUGCUGAUUUGCAGACUGUACAGCACAAACUGGCAGAAAUUAAGACCCAGUCAUGUGUGGGCCGAGCAUUUAUUGACAGCUGCCUACAGCUGCACAUGAGGAAGCAACUGGAUUCUGCUUCUGCGUCCAUGGCCAAAUAUUGGGCAACUGAGCUCCAGAAUAAUGUAGCCACCCAGUGUCUACAACUCCAUGGCGGAUGGGGAUAUAUGUGGGAAUAUCCAAUUGCUAAGUCUUUUGUUGAUUCCCGUGUUCAGCCAAUUUAUGGUGGAACAAAUGAAAUAAUGAAAGAGCUUAUUGCUAGACAAAUUGUAAGUGACUAAUGGUCCUCUGAGCUGAAUGCUGAUUCGUGCCAACAGUACCUUCAGAUUAAGAAAACUUGUAAUCCUCUUCCUCUUCAUUUCAUCCAGCAAAAAAAUAAAUCGGAUUGUUCAGCGAUGGAAAACUUAGCUUACUUUCUACAGCGCAUUCCACCUUGAUAUGAUCUGUAUAAGUUGACUGGAAUAUGAAUGCUUUUACUUGUGCUUUUUUGUUUACUUGCUAUUUGUGGAACUGUGUCAGCAACAGUUUUAAGAGCCAACUGUGACAUGUUCUGGUGGUAAAAUCUUAUGCAAGAAUCUGUUUUGUUGAGGCAACAAACCAAGAUAAAUGCUUUAUUUUUUUCAAUCUGGGUGGGGGAAAAAUCAAAUCACAUACUGAUAGUGAAAAGAAUGGCAUUUUUUAAACAACUUCCCACUGUAUAAUCUUGAGUUUUGUAAUUCUUUGUGUAUUUUGGGGGAAUUCUAAGGUUCUAACAGACAUGUGAUCAGACUGUUAUAGAAUUAUCUGCUAGUUCUCAGAGUUGUUUUAUUAAAAACAUCUUGAUAACUAGGGCACAGAUAAGCCUUAUGUUUGAGUAAAGAAGGAUAUUCCACAGUGCAAUCAUAAUCUUAAACAGUCUAACUCUAAAUUGUUGGAAUUUGAAAAUUCCCCAAGUAACUGAUUUGAGGCAGAUAAAAUCCUAGUUUAGUUCCUGGAUGACAGUGGUACUGUUGUAGGUAAAGUAACCCAAAGGAUUUGUAUCUUAUGAGGGAAAAUCAGCCAGUGUUUAUACCAUGCAGUGCCUCUUUUUGAGGAGCAUUUGUGUUUAUGCAACUUGUGCCCAUCACUUUAAAUAGUUUUCUAAUGUUCACUCCCAUAGGUUACUGAGGAAUGAUCACCACUAAUGAAACUAUAACUCUGAGGAUGCAAAGGGAAUGGAAGUUAGCAAUAAGAAAUGCCUCAGAAGAUCUCUGUAAUUUCAUGUAUAGAGAUUGUAUAGGGUACAUUGGCUCCUUCAUUCAAAUGAAUCACAUUGGGACUAAAUUCAUGAGAAACAGAGGCAGCAGUAGAGGAGAGUAGGUUCUUGAAUCUAUCAAUGUUAUAUUUCAUCUUCACUUCCCAUCAGAUGUACCUGUGAUUUGAUCCCCAUUGGCUCCAAAAAUCUAUUGACCAGGAAUAUAUCUGGUUAUCCUUUGACCUAUAGGAGAAUUUACAAAGGUUUGACAGCUAGGACUUCCACCCUAUCUUAAUCUUAAAUGGCUGAACUCUUCACCCAAUGAUGUACUGCCUGAUUCUAGACUCUCAAUUUAGAGGGAACAGCUUCACAGCAUCUGCUCCAUCAGUCCCUCAGGAGCUUUUACAGUAUAUUUGAUCACCUUUCAUUCUUCUUGUAUAACCUAUAGUGAGGAUAGACAGAUCCUAUUUGAUCUCACUUCUUUUGCCGAAAUUAUCAUUGCUGGAAUUGAUGCAGAGAACCUGUACUGCUUGACAAUCCUGUCCUUCCCCAUCCGGACCCUAAAGCCCUAAAUACUUGCACUGAUCUCUUUACCUUGAUGUUCCCUUGCACCCUCCUCCACUUUCCCACUUUGUAUUUUAGCAAAUUUGCAACAAACUGUAUACUUGGCCCCUUCAUCUAAUUAAUUGAUAAAGGUGAUUAAUAACUGGUUAAGUCUGCCAGCGUUUAAAUUAUCAUGUGCAUUCCAAUUCUCUUCUGUUUUGUUUUUAAACCGGGCCCUAAUCACAUUUGCCUCUAUUUCAUGGGCUCCUAUUUUGUUUAACACUUUCCUAUUGUACCUCUUGGGUGCCUUUUGAAAAUCCAGAUAUACUGAAUCCACUGGUUCUCCUUAUCUAACCUACUAGUUAUAUACUCAGAAACUCAGUCUUUAAAGACAUUAUCUCCAGUUUCCAGCUAUAAAACUUUCCAUUUCAUAGCCAUGAACAAAUUGACUUUUAUGUUAUGAACAAUUUGCUUUAAUUUCAAUAAACGUUUAUUGAAAAUA